GCCAAUUUGGAAUAGAUAUUGAACAUAUUAUAUUUUAGCUUCUCACACAUUUUUCUAUGUGGAUAUUUAUAGUAAAUAUAUCUCACAAGGCAAUGGCAGAUGAAGAUAUGGUUGAAGUUCCCGAAAAACUUUCAAAAUGGUUCACACAUGAUGAAUGGAAACAGAUGUCUUACUAUGAAAGGAAAAGAACUCUUAAUGUUUUGGAGAAUUAUCACACACUGACUGGUUUGGGUAUUAAUGUCCCUAAACCUGAUUUUAUGUAUCCUGCUCUCCACAAGACACCCAGACCUCUUACCCAGAUAACUCCAGUUUACAGCACAAACAAGGUGACAGAGAGACCCAAGGAAAAAGACCAGUACUCUUUCAGAGAUGCUGGUGAAGUAUCCUCAGUCCAUCAUAGUCGUCGCAAACCUCCUUCAUAUGAACUCCGGAAACGCAAAUACAAUUGUUACAGAGAAGACAGUUCAUCUGACGAUGAUGAUUAUCUAUUUUGUGAUGAAUGCAAUAGAGAAUGGUUUGGUGACUGUCCUUCUCAUGGACCACUUAUUCAUAUUAUGGAUACACAGGUAUCAGUGUACCCUUUAGACCCUGAAAGAGCAGCGAAAACGUUACCUAGUAUCUUCCGAAUAGGGCCUUCUGCAAUAAGGAAAGCAGGUCUGGGUGUAUGGACAACUACUUCACUUUUGCCACGUACAGUAUUUGGACCUUAUGAAGGAUCACUUUCUGAUACUGCUAACGACAAUGGCAAGGCUGACAAACCAGAAACUGAAGUGGCAGCGGCAGUCAUAGCCCUAAUGCUCGGCUGGUGGCAGGUGGCUAGUCAGGUGAAUGCUCCUGGUGGGGUGACUCAGUGCCCCAGUGAUAAGGCAGACAACAGUGUUGCCCAUGAUGAUGAAUCAUGGCUGGAUAUCAGCUAUGGAACUAAUGGCUUAUAUCUGAAUGGAUCUCAGUUCAUACCUGUGACCAUGAGGUGGUGA